AUGAGCAGCAGCAAGGAAAGACAGCGAGCAAGAGGAGAGAUAGCAUGUGCGGAGUGUCGUAGACUGAAAGCCCGAUGUGACAGGCAAGUGCCAUGCUCUACUUGCGUCAAAAGAGGAUGCAGUAUGCUUUGCCCCAAUGGCACCAUGCCUCCAGGAAAAGGUAGCCGCUUCGUCGGUGUUGCCGAAGAUUAUCUACGCAACAAGGCCACCAAGCUGGAAGAGCGAAUGCGUUCACUCGAGGAUGCUCUUGCAAUUCUGCAGGUCAAUACUUCCACUCCGCCGCACCCAUUGUUGGCCAAAAGAUGGUCGACUGAAGAGCCUGAUCACGGGAGGAACGUUGAUACCACAUCCACGACAGCAGAAUUCAACCUACAUGGUCUGAUAGAUGCUUUAGGCUCUUUGCACCUUGAGGGUGAUUCACAUUCUGGCCCUACUCGUUUCUUUGGACCUUCUGGAGGUUCUGAGAGUCUAUUGCUGGUCGCAAAAAAAAAUUUGCCUGAAACGCUGUCACCAUCGAUCGAGGCACAAGACAUCGAAUACAUUAACCUGCCUUAUCCCCUCAACUUGUUUGACCAGGCUUUCCCUUUCGCUCCAUCGGGGCACCCUAUGGAGCCCAUCCGAGAGAUGAUAGAAUCCUACUUGCCGCCAAUCCAGCGCGCUGUUUCGUUAUGUGAGACCUUCCUAAAGUCUCUCUCAUGGAUGUUCCAAAUAGUUUCGCGACAGCAAAUUGUCGACAAUCUCAUCCCAUUGAUAUACAGAUCGAAGAUGAAAUCAUUGGAGCGGCCAAGUUAUGGUCCGCAUGAUCUGGCCUUGCUAUUCAGUGUACUAGCCGUCGGAGCUUUGGUUGAUCCUGCCCUUCCCCCUUAUAACGCCGAAGCACAGCACUAUCAAAAAUUGGCGCGCACCGCCUUGUGCUUGCAAUCAGUAUUUUCGCAGCGGUCUGUGGUCACAAUUAAGGUAUUGCAUCUUAUGAGCGUGUACAACGGCAUGAGCGGUAUCGAGAGCAACUUGGAACAUUGCUAUUCCCUUCUUAAUUUUGCUGGUCAAGCUGCACUCCAGGUCAACAAGGAUCCUUCACUAUGGGGCUUUGAGGGGCGAGAAGCCUAUGACCGCCGCUCAUACUUUUGGACUCUCCUUUCCCAUACUCUCUGGCAAAGCCUGGUGACUGGACGCCCUCCCGUGAUUAUGCCUGCUUUCGUCGACUACCGAAUCCCUAGUGACUUUGACGAGGCUAGGUACCAGUCGGGAGAAAUUCCCAUCGGAUUUGGCAACUGGAGUUCUCAGUACACAAUGGAGUGUCUAGCACCGGUCAUCGAGGCGACUCAGGCUGCAAUCCCACCCAACUACCAAACCAUCCUCGAGUUGGACCGCAAAAUACGGGAGUUUCCUGUACCUGUAUCUAAUGAUGCAACUGAUUUCGACCGUGUGCCUGUGGAGAUGCGCUCCUUUGCUCAAGCACGUUACAAAGAGCUUACGCUCAUGUUCUUGCACAGAGGUUUUUUUGCACAGGCCAUGGCAGAUUUUCCUUCAGAUCCGCUGAGAAGCCCUCUAGGCCGAUCAUUCAUGGUUGCCUACCAAUGUGCCAGUCUAAUAAUCACAUUAACUAUCGACCAACUCGCGCUACAACCCGUGUUAUCUUCUCGAGUCUGGCGGAUAUGGUCCUUUGCUUUCUCAGCAGCAGUCAUCGUUGGUACCGUUGCCACCCGAAGACUAAGCAUAAAAUUGGAUCCAGACCCAUUUGAGCAUCUAGAAAGGGCGUGCACAUUAUUUCACGAAGCGGCGCAUAUUAGCAGCCGCGCGAAAAAGGCGUUGCCAAUUUUGCUUCGUCUUCGUCAAAAAGCGGUUCAUGCGAGGAUCGAUCCCCUUCAACAAGCUAGCCACAUGAGGACUUCUGAGUCGGAGGAUGAGCCUGACGAACUAGAGGUGUUUGGUGGUCGAACGAUACUAGUAACAACGUCUGGCAAGCAAGUUUCGCGGUCUCCCCAACUUCCGAUACAGCUUGCGAAUUCCACGGUGACUCAAAACAAUCCCUCAACCCAACGUGGCAAUCAUCAGUCACAUGUUACUAGCUUCCCCGGUGUUCGGGAAGGGGUUGACUAUGCACUUGGGGGAGGGGCGGUCGGGCUUCCUGAACUGGAGGUGCUUCACCGGGAGAUUUCUGGGCCAAUAUACUCUCGCUCUUCGAGCGCUCCCUCGCUAUACGGUCCCCCACAAGGACAGCAAAGUGGCUUGAUGUUGGAAGACAGGUGGUCCUCUUUCGUGCACGAUGCAUCUCUUCCUCCAGGGUACUUUUCCCAUCUUGGUCCACAAGUCCGUUGA